UCGUAGCUGGGGCGAUGGAGUUUACCGUGAUUCCACUGACAAUAAGCGGAAUUUUUGUCUACGUUCAACCCCACCUGUAUGUGGGAAAGAAGAAUGAGUCGUGGACCUUUCUCCUCUCUCCCCACUCCUUCACCAUGAGCCUCCCUUCCAGCUCGGUGGCGGCGGUGGCGGAGCUCUACGGUGACGGCGCCUCCCUGGUGUCCCUGGACUCCAGUGUUUUCUUCAGCGGGACGACAGCGUCCCGCGACCCGCUCGGCUUCUUCACCAUCAACGUUGGAGGAACUCGCUACUCGCUGUCCCAGGGGCUGCUGGCGUCCUUCCCGGAGACCCGGCUGGGGAAACUGGCCCGCUGCAGCCGUGAGUCGGCACUGGAGCUCUGCGAUGACGCUGACUUCCUGGAGAACGAGUUCUUUUUUGACCGUAACUCACAGACCUUCCAGUAUGUGGUAAACUACUACCGGACGGGUCACCUGCACGUCAGGGAGGAGCUGUGCGAGAUCUCCUUCCUGCAGGAGAUCGAGUACUGGGGCAUCGACGAGCUUCGCAUCAACCCUUGCUGCCGCGAGCGUUACUACCGCCGCAAGGAGCAGAAGGAGACCCUCGAUGUUCAGAGAGAGUUUGAGGCCGAUGAGGGUGAUGAGGAUUUUGUGGGCGCCGCCUGCCCAGCUCUCCGCCGGCGCCUGUGGGACCUUCUUGAGAAACCCGAGUCAUCGCGAGCCGCUCGCACGUUCGGCUCGCUGUCAGUCUUCUUCGUGGUGGUGUCGGUCAUCAACAUGGUGCUCAUCUCGCUGGACCUGGGGGAGGACUUUGGUGUGAGUGACGUUGGUAUCGGCGCACCGUUGCUGUUCGAUGCCCUGGAGUACGUGUGCGUGGUGUGGUUCACGGGCGAACUGACCCUUCGGUUUCUCUGUGUGCGGGACAAGUGUCGGUUCAGUCGGAGCUUUCCCAACGUGAUCGACCUGCUGGCCAUCCUGCCGUUCUAUGUGACGCUGGCGGUGGAGAGCCUCCACGGAGGAAACACCGAGCUGGAGAACAUGGGCCGCGUGGUGCAGGUCCUCCGACUCCUCAGGUCCCUCCGCAUGCUGAAGCUGGGACGACACUCGACAGGCCUGAAGUCUCUGGGAAUGACCAUCGCUCAGUGCUACGAGGAAGUCGGCCUCCUGCUCCUCUUCCUCGGCGUCGGCAUCUCCAUCUUCGCCAUGGUGGUCUUUGCUCUGGAGCACGACCUUCCCGCCACCACCUUUACCAGUGUGCCGGCCGCUUGGUGGUGGGCGACCACCUCCAUGACCACAGUAGGCUACGGGGACAUCCGGCCCGACACGGCCGUGGGGAAGGUGCUGGCCUUCAUCUGCAUCCUGUCCGGGAUCCUCAUCCUGGCGCUCCCCAUCGCCAUCAUCAAUGACCGCUUCUCCGCCUGCUACUUCACCCUGAAGAUGAAGGAGGCGGCGGUGCGGCACGGCGAGAUGCUCAAGAGGCUGGCCCGCGGCUCCGUGGGGCAGACGGGGGAGGGAGGAGCGGGGGGAGGCGUCAACCUGAGGGAUGCCUACGCCAGGAGCGUCCUGGAGGUGUUGAGACUGCAGGGGCGCGAGAGAGCGAGCACCCGGAGCAGCGGAGGAGAAGAACUGUGGUGGUAG